CAUUGUCUUCAAACUUCUAUCCAAUUAUGAGUACAAUUUGAACACAUAAACUCUUUCUGUUUAGCCUUCUUUAAUAUUUCGAUCAUAUAUUUGUUUGUGUCUUAUAGAGUUGAUUGCGAGAGAGUCGUUACCAGAUCUUAUUGAAUUUGUGAUUCGAAUGAACUUAAAUCUCACAAAAAAUAUCAUAUAUUAAACCAUACACACCAAACCAAAGUAAUUCAGCUUUAAACUAAGUCUUGUGUGUUCUUGAUACUCAAAUCCAGCAACGUUAAUUUACUAUAACAACCUAUUUGUUGUAAGAUAAGGUCAUCACUUAUCUACACGUAACUUUCUAAAAAUGUAAAUAAAAUUUGAAAAUCAAUGACUCUCGUCAAUCCAUCUCCGAAGUUCACGUCAUGCAGAACUCCUAAUUUUUAUCAAUAAAAAAAAGUUAAAUGUACAACAAAGGUAAGAAAUAAUGGAGUUAAGAAUUAUUAAACUCAAGCUAUGAUUGGUUUAUCUUUUCAAGAUCGUAAUUAUUAAGCAUCAAGAAACAAGAAAAAAGAUUCACCAAGGAAGGACGUUGUCAAAUGAUGACGUGACCACCAUCCCACUUCUUCUUCCCCACUCUCUGCUUUACCUCUCCUCCUUCCGUCCAAAACAUCCACCGCCCACACUUCCCAUCAAUCACUAUCUUCCUUCCCCCAACUUUUCGCCCACGGCCAGCCGCCAUCGUCUUGCACCGGCGUGAAAAUUUAUCGCUGACACUUCCCUUCACCGCCGCCCGUCUCUCAUUUCAUCUCGCGCCAAACCCACCCACCAGGCCAUAUUCAUCUUCCCUGGUGGCACAAAUUCCAUUUCCACUCUCCUCGUCAUCUCCCAAUAACCCCCGAACCAAAAAGAUGAUAAAUUUAUGAAAUGGUUAGUUAACCAUCACCAAUUUCUUCCCCCAAAUUUGGCAUCUUUGCGUGGAAUUGCCUGACGGGUCGCUGUUGGAUUAAAAAAAAUCGAUUUCGAGGUAGUGGGGUUCGGUAAUUAAACGAAUUGAUUGAACCCAGGAACUACCGGUGGUAGAAUCGGAAUCGGAGGUUCACAAUCGUUUGUGAAUGAUUCGUAAUUGGAUUAGGCAGAAUUUUGUCUAGUUUUGGAUUUUUUUAGGUUCGUGUUUCUAAUUUUGGUGGUGGUUAAUUUGCCAUGGGGAAUGUGAAUGGGAGAGAGGAAGAUGGGGAAGGUGGAGGGGGAGGAGAUGAUGGGGAAGAAAGGAGGAACGGCGGUGGCGCCUUGGGUAGCUCCGGUGGUGGUGAUUCGCUUGACGAACAAGGACGGCGAGGUGGGCGCCGCGGGAGUGGGGUCAUGGUUGUUCCUCAUGUCAGCCACCAUGGCGGCGGCGUUUACCGGCCGCCGCAUCCACAAUUAAUGAGUCAUUCUCCUCCUCACAGUCCCAGAGCUAGCCACUCGCCUCUCAUGUUUACUCCACAGGUUCCAGUGUUGCCGUUGCAGAGGCCUGAUGAGGUUCAAUUACCAAACCAAAUGUGGAUGCAGAGUUCUGCUACUUACGAGGAACCGUUACAUGAGCAAGGGAUUCCAACCAUGAUUACUUGGAGCUACGGUGGUAAAGAUGUGGCCGUGGAAGGAUCAUGGGACAAUUGGAAAGCAAGAAUGCGGCUGCAGAAAGCUGGCAAGGACUUCACCAUAAUGAAGGUGCUGCCUUCUGGCGUUUACCAGUAUCGGUUUAUCGUGGAUGGGCAGUGGAGACAUGUCCCUGACUUGCCCUGGACCCAAGAUGAUGCUGGAAAUGCUUACAACAUAUUGGAUUUGCAGGACUAUGUUCCAGAAGACCUGGAAAGCAUAUCGAGCUUCGAACUCCUCAGUCUCCAGAGGCGAGCUACAACAAUUCUCAAUUGGGAAAUGAAGAUUUUGCAAAGGAGCCACCACAUGUUCCACCGCACUUACAGAUGACGCUGCUCAACCUGCCAUCGACUUACAUGGAGAUCCCAUCGAGACCUCCACAUGUGGUGCUGAACCAUCUCUACAUGCAGAAGGGGAGGAACAGCCCUGCAGUCGUUGCACUCGGUUCCACUCAUCGGUUUGUGGCCAAGUAUGUCACCGUGGUGCUCUACAAAUCCUUGCAGAGGUAAAAAAAAAAACCAUACCUGGAGAGAUUUUACAGUCCCCCUGUCAAAAACAUGUAGUUUUUACUAGUAAAUAUACGUAGUUGUUGUUCAAAGAGGAUGACAAAAACUUAUGCACAACUCUAAUAGCUCAGUUUAUAAAGUGAGCUUUAGGAAUAUGGAGAGGAUGUGGAGUCCUCCUUAGAUUUGUAGCCACCAUAAUGCAAACUGCUUCUUUUAUGACCCCUCCUAACCAAGCUUGGGUCUUUCUGCUUGAUUUUGUUCUUACUUUUCAAUUUUUGGUUGCCCAAAAGGGAACGGUAUCUUUGGGUUGUCCUGAAAGGAAUGAACUUUAGCUCAAAUU